GUAACGAUCAUAAGCUCGACAUGGCGCCGAGGUCAGCAGCUCUAGCGGUCGUCGUGGUGGCGGCUACGCUCCUUGCCCUGUGUGGCUCGACGGAGGCCCACACGCAGCUCGGGGCGUACAACAAGACGUGUCCCCAGGCCGAGGACAUCGUGUUCAAGGAGAUGACCGCCGUCCUCGCCAAGUCGCCCGGCCUCGCCGGCUCCCUGCUCAGGCUCUUCUCCGUCGACUGCUUGCUCGGAGGCUGCGAGGGGUCGAUUCUUCUCGACUCCACGGCCAACAACACGGCGGAGAAGGACUCGCCGCUCAACAAGGACCUCCGCGGCUACGACGUCGUCGACUCCAUCAAGGCAAAGCUCGAGGCGGCCUGCCCCGGCAUCGUCUCCUGCGCCGACGUCCUCGCCCUCGCCGCUCGCGACUCCGUGCGGAUCACCAAGGGGCCGUACAUCCCGAUGCCAACGGGGCGGCAGGACGGAAAGAGGUCGUCUGCCGCCGACGUCGCCCCCAACACCCCCAAGCCGGGCGCCAACAUCACCGACCUCAUCGCCCUCUUUGCCAGGUUCAACCUCACCGCCAAGGACCUCGCCGUGCUCUCCGGCGCGCACACCAUCGGCAAGGCUCACUGCUCCGCCUUCUCCCCUCGCCUCUACAACUUCACCGCCAACAACAGCGCCUCCGACCCCACGCUUGACGCCAACUACACGGCGACGCUCCGCGGCCAGUGCAGGGCCGGCGACCUCGCUACCCUGGUCCACCUCAACCCUGGCAGCGGCACCAAGUUCGACCUCGGGUACUACAGGGACGUCGCGGCGAGCAGGGGCCUCCUCUCCACCGACGCCGCGCUGCUCCUCGACGGAGACACCAGGGCCUACGUGAUGCGCCAGGCCAAUGCCACCGCGCCCGACGAGUUCUUCGCCGAUUUCGCCGCGUCCUUCGUCAACAUGAGCAAGAUAGGCGUGCUGACGCACCACAAGGGCGAGGUAAGGAGGCAGUGCUCCGCUGUCAACCCGCCGUCAGCCUCCUCUUUGGCGCCUGUCACCGUGAGUGCGCAUGCCGUGCUACUCGCGAGCUGUUUCGUCUCCAUCGUUACCAUGGCGCUUGUUCUCUAGCCAGCAACUUGUGUAAGUGAUUGAUUUGGGUUUUUUGUUUUUGUUUUUUAAAGGGGUUAUUUGUGUUUGUUUUUGUCUCCAUUAUUCGCGGUGGUAAGUACUCCUAUGUCACCAAUUCUCAUUGUAAGCACAUAUAUUGCUCUCUGAUGGUGACCAUCGCUGCAGGCUACGGCGCUUGUGCUUACUAUAUAUUCUCUCCUGUCCUUUUUACUCCGGGUAUAA